AACCAAUCGGUUUAUUCCAGCUCGUGAUAAAAAGAUAUUGGAAAGUGGAUGGAUGUUGACUUGACCUUGCAGCAUCAUUUAAAUGUGUAACCUCCUGAAACUUAAUGACCAAAUAAGUAAGAAGCUUAUGUUAAGUUGGUAACCGUAAUAUAUUGUUGUGGUUACCAGGUUUGGGUAGAAGAAACCACACAAACUCCCUAUUUCUAGUAACACAUCCAGUCUUACGAGGUUUCUCAAAAGAGGACAGCAUAGUUUUAGCAUACGUGACGAUCCAUUUUUCACUGUAAUUAUGGAUUACCAAGGAAAUGAUCAUACGGAAAUAAUCCAAGUUGAUGCACAGGAAACGCCUACGUGCUCAUUAGAAGAUGAGAGUCAACGGAUUAGCUGCGUAGAGUAUAUUAAACAAUAUGAUAUCUCUCAGCUUGCUCAAAUGUUAGCACACAGUGCUGAGGAGUUCGUGCGUCAUGUUUGGCUCAGAGGUUGGCAAGUAGUUAACCACCAUAGUCUACCUGCAUGGUUGCGUGAUAACGAUUUUAUUCUGCAUUAUCAUCGACCUCAGUUAAACACCUUCUGGGCUUGUUUCAAGUCCGUUUUCAGAGUACAUACAGAAACAGGAAAUAUAUGGACUCAUUUGUUAGGGUGUGGGAGCUUUUUCGCUAUUACUAUCUUCAUGUUGAUUCAGUCAGAAGCUCUACUACAAUGGCAAGACAAGCUUGUAUUUUCCUCCUUCUUUUUUGGUGCUAUUGUUUGUCUUGGAUUUUCAUGUUUAUUCCAUACUCUUUCUUGUCAUUCGAAAAGCAUUGGACGACUGUUUAACAGGUUGGAUUAUGCUGGCAUAUCAUUUCUGAAUUUAGGCUCGUUUAUACCAUAUUUAUACUAUUCAUUCUAUUGUAUACUGUGGGCCAAAUUAUUUUAUAUGACUUUGAUUGUCGUUUUGGGAACAGCAGCAGUCAUUGUUGCAAUGCAUCCAUCUUUUACCACACCUCGUUAUCGUCCACUUCGUGCUGGCAUUUUUAUGGGACUAGGUCUAUCAGGAGUUAUUCCAUGCAUUCAUACAGUAAUAUUAGAUGGAUUCCUGCAUUCUAUUAUGCAAGGCUCUUUAGGUUGGCUUGUUCUUAUGGCUGUUUUAUAUUUAAGUGGUGCAACUAUCUAUGCUGUCCGUGUACCUGAAAGAAUUUUCCCUGGACGUUUUGAUAUUUGGUUUCAAAGUCAUCAAAUAUUUCAUAUAUUCGUGGUGAUUGCAGCUUUAGUCCACUAUCAUGGUUUGGUUAAACUUGCUGAUUACCGUUUAUCUACUGGCGAUUGUAAACCUGUCCAACUUAAUUUCGAUUCAGAUCGAUUAAAAAUUAUCGGUCUGGAUAUAUUUUCAAACACAUAAUUUACUUGAUCCAUAAAACUAUCAUUACGAGUACGCAUUUGUGAUAUAUAUAUAAUAACUAAUGGAACUUUGUAUAAAUUCAUCUAAUGACAAACGACGCUGAUCGUUCAUCAUUUGAUUUACUGAACAAGCAAUACUUACUAUCUCAGUUUUGUAUGAACUAAAAGUCAAGCUUUCUUUAUUUUGGUUUAUGUGAUCUUGUAAAGACUAUCACAUCUACCUUUCUGUUUAGGUCGUUUGCUGCCUUUUAUUCGCCUAUAUUUGUAUAUUUAUGUUAUUAAUAGUUUAUGAUUAUCUAGUAUGAUUUUUCAGGAAAUUAGGUAUUUGAAUAAAACCAAUUUCUCAUGAUUACAUUAUCCUUUAUAAAUGUCAUUUACAAAAGUUUAGAUUAGUAUAUCAAGAUUCCAC